AUGUCCCUCGAUUUCGUCACCCUCGACGUCUUCACGACGACGCCCUACCAGGGUAACCCCCUCGGCGUCGUCCAUCUGCCCCACGACAGGCCCAUCACGCAGGCGCAGAAGCAGGCCAUCGCCCGCGAGUUCAACCUCUCCGAGACGGUCUUCCUCCACGACGUCGACCCGGCCAACGACCCGGACCCCACGACCCGCCGCAUCGACAUCUUCAUGACCAAGGGCGAGCUCCCCUUUGCCGGCCACCCGACCAUCGGCGCCGCCGCCUACCUGCGGUCCCGCGGCGUCACGACCCUCGUCUCCAAGGCCGGCCCCAUCCCCAUCACGGCGGGGCCCGAGGCCGGCGUCGUCUAUGCCGCCAUCCCGCACGACGUGCACCUCAACUCGCGCCGGCUGCGGGACCACGACGAGGCGGCGCUGCGGCCCGGCAGCCUCCACGCGACGCCUGCCAUUCGGAGCGCCGAGCUCGCGGCGCCGCUGUUCAGCAUCGUGAACGGCAUGACCUUUUCGCUCAUCAGGCUGCCGGGGCUCGAGGCGCUGGCUCAGGUGAGCCCCGGCCGGUUUUCUGUGGCGGCGGGUGACAUCAUGGACGAGGGGUGGCACGAGACGUUCAUUGGACGGUAUUACCACGUCAUCACUGGCACCAGCGUCGGUGCAGACGGGACACGCACGGUCAGGCUGCGGACGAGGAUGGUCGAGGACGAGAUUGAGGACCCGGCGACGGGGUCGGCGGCAUGUGCGCUGACCAGCUACCUCGCGCUGCACGAGUAUGAGGAGAGGGAGGUCAGGUUCGAGGUGACCCAGGGCGUCGAGAUGGGAAGACGGAGCGAUAUCGGGGUCGUCGUCAAGGUGGCGGUCGGUCGGGACGGGCAAAGGACGGUGGAGGGCGUGCAGCUGGGCGGUAGCGCCGUCGAGAUCAUGAGGGGAGCGGUACGGGAGCCAACCACUUUUUGA